AAUGAUCAAGAUAAUCGUAUUACGCCAUCAUACGUGGCAUUCACCAGAACUAAACGUCUUAUUGAUGAGCUGGCUAAAAAUCAAGUUAAUACGAAUCCAUGUAAUACAGUUUAUUCGGCGAAACGUCUUUUGGGCUGUUCUUUUCAUGAAACAGAAGUUCAAUCGGAUAUAAAGGUUGAAUACAAAGAUGAGAAAAUGCAAUUUGCCCCAGAAGAAAUUUUAGCGAUGCUUCUUGGGAAAAUGAAACAGAUAGCUGAAAAUUAUUUAGGCAAAAAAGUAACUAAUGCAGUGAUAUCUUCAACAGCAGCAAUUAGCCUUGCAUAUGGUACUUUGAAACGAGUGACUGAAGAGCGUAAUUAUAUAGAUGAAAUACACGAAGUGAAAGCGGUUGCAGGAAAUAAUCAUUUAGGAGGCGAUGAUUUUGAUAAUCCUUUAAGAAGACUUCGAACUGCUUGUGAACGAGAAAAGAUUCACUUAUCAGCAGCGAAUCAUGCUAGAAUCGAAUUAGAAAAAUUUCUUAAUGGAAUCGAUUUAUUACAUCUUUGA